ACCGCCAUCUAAUGACAAUGAUCGCAUAAACUGUACUGGUACCGGUAUGGUACUUCCCGUGAGAAUCGGGAGUCUUUAACACCUUCUGAAAUCCUGUUCAAGGCGAGAUCACCAAUAAAAAUGGAGGCAUCGAGAUUGUGCAGAUGUAUGAAAACACUCCUAUGGGCCAAAUGCCCUGCAAAUAUUCCCUUUUCAUUGAAUAUUGUCAGAUGGAAUUCUAACAGAGCAGCUAUCGCCAAGACAAAUCGCAAGGUGUAUUCUCGCAUGUACCCAACUCUGGUGGUCAACACUGAUGGGUCAACAUUUCGCAUCAAAUAUGCUGAACCAAGGAAAAUUUUAAAGCUACCUGUGGAUGUGAACAUGUUACCAGCGGAUGAAAAGAAGAUUCGCCUUGCCAGAUACCAGCCCAAGAAAAAGGUGAAAAUUGAAGAUGAUCUCGAUGACAACUUUGAUGCCAGUAGAUACAAGCAUUUGUGGAAGAAAGACAAAGCAAAACCUUGAAUGGGGAUGAAUAUAUAAUGGACAACUUUUGUGUGAAUAUGGCCUAGCCUUGGCCUUUUGUGGCACACUGGACUAUUAUUGCCUCAUUAAGGAUUUUUUUCCAUAUAAGGAUUGUCACAUUUCCUGUUAAAUUUAAAAUUAUAGAGAGGAUCUCAGAUGACACUCUGGUUCCCACAACAUAAAGCUUACAAGUUAAGUCGGAGUACCUCUGAAAAUGGCUAUUUACAAUGAAAGUUGAAACGUUGAUAUCAUGGUAAAGGAUACAUGUGCACGGGAAAUAGAAAUAGCUUUAUUGAUGCAACAUCUGAG